AUAACCAGCAAUGUUUGAACCGGUGUCAGUGUCACUUGGGCUGAUAGUUUUCUUUCGGCUUGUAUCCGGUGACUCGAUCAUUUCUCCGCCCAGCUGUGAUGGUUUCUACGGUUGCAUUUCGUCCAUUCGUCAGUCCGAUUGUACCAACGGGGAGAUACUGAUUUCGGGAGGAUCACUAAAUGGGUGCUGUCCGGGUUGCCGCGGUGGUCAACGGCAUAACAAGGUCUGCAAUGUGAAUGUCGCCAGCCGGCGUUGUGCCCCGGGACUCAAGUGCGAUAAGAAGUGUCUGUACGAUCGAACAACCUGUCUUCACACGAUUCACAUGCAACUCGAGGAAGAACUGGCUGGUUGGUACCCACGGUGUAACACCGAUGGAACCUACGCCAGCAAGCAGUGCCGAGGUGAUCGACUUUCCGGUCGAUGCUUUUGCUACAGCGAAGACGGCCGACGGCUUUUCGGCUGGGAUUGGUACAAAUAUGCAGCCAAAAUGACAUGUGCCUGCAGCCGUCGUCGCGCUAAAUUGGAAUCCGAAGGCCGUACUGGGGUUACGCUUCAUUGCACCCAGAAUGGUAACUAUGAGGAGCUGCAGUGUGACUCCGGUGUUUGCUGGUGUGCGGAUCAACACUCCGGGGAUCCACUGGUAGGAACUACGGUAGUGCAUGCAAGUCUGUGGCAGCUGUUACCGUGUUAUAAUAGCACCCUCCACGGUGACAGCUAUCUGCGGCAGUGUGAAAGUGCUGCUUUCGCACAGCAAACGAUACAAAAAAAAUUUGCCCUCCGGGGGACAAUUGGUGUCACAUUCAACGCAGUUCAGUGCGACUACGAUGGAUCUUUCGGUCGAUUUAAAAUCGAGAACGGAAUAGUUUACUGCACUUGGAGAGACGGAAAGAAAAUCGGCUCCUUUCAGGUUCGAUCUAGUCUGCUUUCAUCGGUGAAUUGCAAUUGCGCGCGGGACAGCCUCAUCUACCAGGAAGCUGGCAUUCCCUUUACUCUCUCGUGUGGGGGAAACGGAAAUUACGAGUACUCUCAGGAUCAAAACGGAGAGCUGUUUUGUGUUGAUGAUGAUGGAUUUGUGGUUUCCACCGAUGUUCAGCCAGGCGAGAGCUGUGACCAUUAUAUAUACAAAUAUGUAGAAGACUAAAGCAACUGUAUGAAAAGGACGAAGUUUUGAUAUAAAAUAAAUCCUAGCGAGUAUUAUCUAGAGCAUCAACAUAACCCUGAUAGGUGUCAUGUACUGGAUAUUGUAUCAGUGGUGGAGAUAAAAAAGCAAAGUUAGGAAAGGUUCGUUAAAUGUGAAAACGUGUGUCAUUUGUCGCGUUCAAGCCGA